AUGAAUCUUCGAAAAGUUUUACAUCACCUACUCGCUUAUCUUCUGCUUGUCUUUACUUUUAUUGGUACUCUCGUCUAUUCUGAAAAUGUCACGUCAACCUAUACAGUCAAUAAAGAUUUCUUCAAUGUUAUGAAAGCUCCCCAAUUCUCCAUUUACGAUGCAAGCGAACAACAAUUACACUAUCGAAUUCAAUCUAAAUUUUCUCUAUGGCACAUUAUCGAAAUUAUUUCCUAUCCAUCGAACGAAGUAAUUGCGAAGCUUCGAAGCCAAUGGUUUAUUUGGUUGUACGCAGCAAAUAUUUCAAUUUUCGACUCACCAUCAAAUCAAUGGAUCAAUGGAAGCAUUCACAAAAAUCUAGCAUUCUUCGGAGAUAAAUAUACUAUAGUAUGGAAUGGAAAAGUUAUUGUGAUGGAAACAAAGUUUGCUUCGCUUAUUACUGAAUUUCAUGAUCAACAACAAGGAAAUCUAUCGGCAGAAUUUCGUAAACGUUGGAUUUCUUUUGUCUGGUCAGACAAGUAUUAUUUAGAAAUAUUUUCGAAAGAAAUACCUGAUACACUAUAUAUGUUAGCAUUGGCAGCCAAAGAUUAUACUGAUUCUCAAGCAAAAAAACAUUCUGAAUCUAAAGGAACAUCGAGAAACUGA